CACGGAACUGAAGUACUGAACAAGUCAAAAACCCUAUUGCCGAUUCUUCUUCUCCACCGAUUCUCUCCCUCUCCAUCGCCGGUCAUCUUCCUCUCCAUGUCCGACGCAUAGGGCUCCAUCUCCACACAGAUCCAGGCAUGUAGGCGGCAGAGCUCCGACCAUCCGAAGUUGGCGACAAAGGCGGCUGUGACAAAAUUGCAGAUUGGGUUGAGAGUUUGGGGCAAAAUAGGGGCUUGGGGCUGGAAUUGGGGACGUCGACAAAGGUAAUCAGGUAGAUAAUGAACCUAAAGCCGAUCCUGGAAGGCAAUGAGGACGAAGAGAUGUGAGUGGAACUAAUCGAGGAUUUGGAAUCCAUAUUUAUUUCUGAAUAGCUCAUUACGUUUUCGGGCAUGAGUCCGAAGUUGUGCUACUUUUAUUAUUAAGCUUCUGCAUUAUUUCAUUUUACUCCGAUGUUGGGUUUUAAAUCAAGAAUUAUUUGGAUGCUUUAAAUUGUUUUGAAAUUAGUAGGUGUUUGGAUACUGGAAUGGUAGCAACCCGGUUCGCUAACCCAUGCAUUCUGCAUUUUCCCAUAUUUCUUUCUUCUUCUUAUCUUGAUAAAUUCAAAGCCCUCAAACAAUUACGGGCAUUCACCUACUAGUUCUCUUGACUCGUUUCCCUUGACGAUCAUCCAGCCAUUGUAGUAUAAAUAAUAUGGGAAUUCCGUGCCCUCAGUCCGGCCAUUCAAACUCUUUCUAGAUUUUCUCCAUCUCAAGAUUUUGGGCAUUUCGUUGUGUUAAUUAAUUGGUUUUCUUGAUCUAGACUCUUCGGUGGCAGUAGCAGUAAUUUCCGACUUCCUGAAUUUUUCCAUUCCACGACAAAAUGUUUGGUCUCAAGAAGUCCCCUUUGCACAGGAUUUCUAAGAACCAAUCAGUUGAUCAUGGAUUUUCCACACCUCCUACUUCAAACCCAUUCGACUCUGAUGAUGAGAACGAUCCAAAGCAAAAUGUCAAACCCCCAAGAAGUUCUUCAGAGCCUGCUAUUAUUGCCGCAAACUUGAGUACUAACCCUUUUGAUGAUGAUUCUGAUGAGACUAAAGGGAAACCAUCAUCUGCAUACUCCUAUACAUCAACUGACAGAAACAGGUACAAAAAUGGUUUUCGUGACUCGGGAGGAUUCGAGAGUCAGUCUGUACAAGAAUUGGAAAACUAUGCUGUGUACAAGGCAGAAGAAACUACAAAAGCCGUUCAUGGUUGCUUGAAGAUUGCAGAAGAAAUGAGGGGGGAUGCAACUAAAACCUUAAUCACCCUACACCAGCAGGGCGAGCAAAUUACUAGAACUCACAUGACUGCUGCUGAAAUUGACAAUGAUCUUAGCAGGGGUGAAAAACUUUUGGGUAGUCUUGGAGGCUUAUUUUCCAAAACUUGGAAACCUAAGAAGAAUCAUCCAAUAACAGGCCCUAUUAUCACUAGAGAUGAUGCAGUAUAUAGGAAAGGAAAUCACUUGGAUCAGAGAGAGAAACUGGGAUUAAAUUCUGCUCCCAGGGGGCACUCAAAAACUCAACCAUCCCUCCCUGAACCAACUAAUGCAUUGCAGAAAGUAGAGGUGGAAAAGGCAAAACAAGAUGAUGCACUUUCUGAUCUGAGUAAUCUCUUGGGGGAGCUCAAGGAAAUGGCUAUUGACAUGGGCUCUGAAAUUGAAAGGGGGAAUAAAGCACUGGACCAUUUCCACGAUGACAUCGACGAGCUCAACUACAGAGUGAAAGAUGCCAACGUUCGAGGUCGUCGUCUGCUCGGGAAGUAGGCCCCAAUGAACACACCUAAUUAAUCCCGUGAUGCCACGCUUAUAUUGUUAUGCUGCAUGGGAAUUUAACCUUCUUGAUUUCUCAAUGUUUUGUUUUCUGAUUCAUUCAACUACUGCUGUAUAAUAUUUGUUCACAUUUUCUUUGGACUCUUUCUAAUAUUU